AUGAAGGACUUGGAUAAACUCAACUACUUUCUUGGAUUCGAAGUUACUUCUAGCACAGACUUUUAUGACCUCUCUCAAUCUAAAUAUGCUUUUGAUUUGCUUCCCAUGGCUAGUUUGACUAACUACAAGACUGUUAACAUUCCUUUUGAGACCAAGAUCAAGCUUCUUUAUGAUGCUACUCUCUAUAAGCAGUUGGUCAGUAGUCUUAUCUAUCUUACCAUUACACAACUAGAUAUUUCCUAUGCAGUACAUUUGGUUAGCCUGUCUAUGAAUGCUCCUCGAUCUAUCCACUAUGUUGUUGUUCUUCGUAUCUGGUGUUACAUCAAGGAAACUCCAUUUCAUCAACUGAAGAAGCAGUUUGUUGUUGCUCACUGUAGUACAAAAUUUGAGUAUUGUGCUCUUGCUGACACUACAUCUGAGCUAUUAUGGUUACGCUAG